AUGCUCUUGUCAUGCCAGCCGGCGGCCAAGAAGAGGCCGCUGGCCACGAGGUCCUUGAGCAAGUCAACGAGCCACGCGUCGCCGACAGGCAGCUGCCUACUCCUGAUAGCUGUCCUCGUUCUGAUCAGCUGCGGGGGAUCGCUCGCGGCCACGCAAAUCCGCUACGCUUCGCGCAUCGUCGAGACCAAGAGCGGACAAAUACGAGGGAUUCUUCAGGAGUUGAACAGCAGACACUUCGAUCCCGUCGAAGUGUUCCGAGGUGUACCGUACGCGGCGGCCCCCGUAGGAGAUUUACGAUUUCGACCACCGAUCUCUCCAAUACCGUGGGACGGUAUCAAACUGGCGGACUCCUUCGGCGCGGUUUGCCCCCAGCACUUUCCCGACAUCAGCAAUGACACAGAUGCACUCUUGCAAAUGCCUCGGGGCAGGUAUCAGCAGCUGAAACAUUUGCACGUGUUCCUGACCAAUCAGAGCGAGGACUGCCUCUUUCUGAACCUGUACAUACCCGGGAGCGGUUCUCGAGGAUUAGAAGCACCGUACGCGGUGAUGGUGUACGUUCACGGUGAAAGUUUCGAGUGGGGCACCGGGAACGUCUACGAUGGAUCCGUCUUAGCGAGUGCUGGCCACGUUAUAGUGAUCACGCUUAAUUAUCGUCUAGGAAUCUUAGGCUUCCUGAGGACCAGACCGUAUCCAGACAGGAGUCCAGGAUCGGGUGGAAAUCUGGCCCUGAAGGAUAUCGCGAUGGGAUUGCGGUGGGUACGCGAAAAUAUUGCAGCUUUCGGCGGGGAUCCGACUAAAAUCACGCUGAUUGGCCACGACACGGGCGCCGCUUUGGUGAACUUCCUGUUGCUUGCUCCUUACGGCAAGGGACUGUUCCAUCGCGUGGUAUUAUCAAGUGGUUCCGGACUAAGCCCGUGGGCCUCCGUUCACGAUCCAAACGACUUACGGUUAAAAGUGGCGCAGCAAAUAGGAUGCUCCGCGGAAAACGACGAAGAUAUCGCCGACUGUCUGCGUGGUAUUCCUCUUCGCAAGCUUAUGGCGGUUGAACUUCCGGAAAUCCGAUUCGUGCCUCGAAUUGGACCCGGUUUGCCAGUGGACCAAAACAAUCCGGACCCAGGUCUGGACAUGGAACGAGCCAGCGACACUUUCAUCAAGGUGCCGCUGAUACUGGGUGUCUCCACCACGGAAUCGAACCUCGAUUUCAACGCGAACGAUAUACAGUAUGGUUUCGAGGAGGAUCAUCGUAAUCGUAUCCUGCGAACGUUCAUCCGAAAUGCGUACGUGUACCAUUUGAACGAGAUCUUCUCCGCGGUGAGGAACGAGUACACGGACUGGGACAAGCCCGUUCUUCAUCCGAUUAUCAUCCGGGACUCGACCAUGGAGGCUUUAAGCGACGGGCACACGGUCGCUCCCCUCAUGAGGAUCGCUUUUUACCACGCCAGGAGAGGAGCCAAGACCUACUUCUACCAUUUCAGCCAUCAGACCAAGGACAGCGGAAACUCGCAGCGUCUCGGAAGCAUUCGUGGCGAGGACAUCCCAUACAUUUUCGGCCUGCCAUUGGUCGCCGGCGGAGCUUUCUUCCCACGGAACUACACCCGUCAGGACCAAGGCGUCGCGGAGGCGGUGCUCACGUUCUUCACGAAUUUCGCGAAAACCGGGAACCCGAACGAACCGCACAAAAUCGAAUCAGUGGACUACGGGACGCCGAAAGAGAAAACGCGGUAUCGCGAUCUCACGUGGGCGCAGUACGAGACUGGUACGCAACAGUACCUAACCAUCGCCCUGAAACCAAAAAUGAAGAGCCAUUACCGUGGCCACAAAAUGGCUGUCUGGCUGAACCUGAUACCACAACUUCAUCGACCUGGAGACGACGACGUUUCUAUGCGGCAUCAUCAUUUUCGAGACAGGGGUGAUCACUUUUACGCAGGACCAGUAAGAGACGAAUGGUACACCCCACUGCCACUCGUGGGAACGACCAAAGCCAGUGCGUCCUCGACAACAGCAUGUAGCACAUCGACAGGAGAGGACGCAAUGGCCGAGGACAUCACUCCCAUCCUGGACGAUUCGGAAGACGACGCUGAACUUCUGCAAAGACUCGCUUCCCGUCACUACUACAGCACCACGACCGCCCUCGCCAUCACCGUAGGUGUUGGUUGCAUCCUCCUGGUGCUGAACAUGCUAAUAUUCGCCGGUAUCUAUUACCAAAGGGACAGAGACAAGAAGAGAGCAGCGAUGGACUGCACGCCGAAUGGUCAGGAAUCCCUUCCAAUGACCACCAGGUCGUCUAUGAAGGGCCCAGAAAGUCCCAGAUCGACCCACGAACCGCCACCGUGUUACACAACCCUGGCCAGAAGUCCUUCGAUCCAGGAACACCAACAGAUCACGCAAACACAGUCGUUGGAUUCGGACGACGCGGCGAAAAACGAGCUGAAAUCUGACCACGGGACCAGCAACACCAUCCACAAGGAUCCGAUACCGCCCAAACCACCGACCAGAACGACCAGCUCGCUGAGCACCGGUGGUAGCACUAACACCAUCAAGAAACGCGUGCAGAUACAAGAGAUAUCUGUAUAG